GCAGUCGAGAGCACUGAACGAGCAGUUGAUGUGAGUAUUGGUUGAGAGACAGAGUCAGCGAAGAAAUGGCCGAAAAGUGAAUUGAAUUAAAAAAUGUGAUGAGAAGUGAGUCGUCGUCGCAGUUGUCGUCGGAUUAGGCUUUCGGUCAACAACUGUGUCAUCGCUUUCGGCCAUAAGAUGUGUAAAUUAAGGCUUUUGAGUCCGUGCGGGGCUGAACCUGCGGAGUAUGUCUGGCCACUCACCUCAUCGGAUAAAUAUGACGGCGCCAUCGAAAUCGUCGACACCAUUAGGAAUGUCUGCGAGGAUUACCCGGACAUCAAAAAGGCUAUGGAGAUGAAUGUCCUCAACGCUUACGAUACCAAAUGUUAUGAUAGUAUGAAAACAUUGUGUGAGAAAUAUAAUCGUGUGAUACAAAGAACUCUACCCCUGUGGAAGGGACAGACAGUGCGAACGCCUACGAAGCCGUCUACGAAUCUACUGAAACACAUAAUCCAAAAGGUGUACAACUAUUCGGUGAAAGAUCCAGAAAAGCUCAACCAAUACGAGCCCUUCUCACCGGAAGUAUACGGCGAGACGUCAUUCGAGUUCAUCUCACAAAUGAUUGAUGAAAUCUGUUUGACAUCAGACGACGUGUUUGUGGACUUGGGUUCAGGUGUUGGACAAGUUGUGCUACAAGUGGCCGCCACUACCAAUUGCCGCAAAUGUAUUGGCAUCGAAAAAGCGGACUUCCCUUCCAUUUACGCCCAGGACAUGGACUAUAGGUUUAGGUUUUGGAUGCGUUGGUUCGGCAAAAGACACGGCGAGUAUCAACUGAUUAAAGGAGAUUUCUUUCACGACGACCACAGAGAGAUCAUUAAUAACGCGACAUUCAUUUUUGUGAAUAACUUCGCUUUUGGUCCAAAUGUUGAUCAUAUGCUUAAACAACGAUUCGCUGAUAUGAAAGACUGCGCUAAGAUUGUGUCCUCCAAAGCGUUUUGUUCACUCAAUUUCCGUAUAACGGAUCGCAAUUUGAGUGACAUCGGCACAAUUAUGGACGUCACGGAAAUACAGCCCAAAAAGGGUUCGGUCUCGUGGACAGGAAAACCUGUUUCAUAUUAUCUGCAUAUCAUCGACAGAACCAAAUUAGAGCGUUAUUUCGAAAAACUCAAGAAUCCAAAGCUUAAGAAUCACAAUCAAAGUCAUAGUAAUAGUAAUGAAGACGAGAACAGAAAUAAAGAAGAGAACAGAAGUAAAGACGAGAACAGAAUUAAAGACGAGAACAGAAUUAAAGACGAGAACAGAAUUAAAGACGAGAACAGAAUUAGAGACGAGAAUCGGAAUAAGAAAUCAAAUAAAGUGGAAAGCAUUGCGAGCACUGACUCCUCGUCUAAUGACUCGAAUAAGGAAGAAAUGAAAGACAAUUCCGGGAAUUUUCCCAAAUGGACCCGAAAGGCGUGGUCCGAGUGGUGCAAUAGUAGUAAUAGUAAAGGCUCUGCCAAUCAGAGCAGUGGUAGUCAACACAACGGCAGCUCUGAUCACGAGAGUAACGAAGAAACAGAGAAUAUUCCCCGAAAAAAGAAAUACAAUCGCGUGGGAAGACCGCGAAAGUAUCCGUUGGGCGUUAGCGCUGCCAUUAAACGCGCUAAACGUAAGCACACAUUGAUUAUCGAUAGUCCCGGUCGACGGCCCGGAAGGCCGCGAAAGAACGGAAUCGGAACCAAGAAAGCGAAGAAGUCUAUGAUGUUUAAUGGUCUCGAUUUACUUCACGCUCAAACAGUUCUGAGUAUCUCAUCGGCUGCCGGCCAUCGACUCGAUCCGGCGCCCGGAUGUGUCGACCAGAAGUUGGAUACUUCCUGUAGAGUGACUUCAGUGCCUAAUGUUGUAUUUAGAGAUACGUCUCUGUUCUCUGUUUCUCCCGAUCUGACGGAUCUGUUGGACACUUGGAAGCAACAGAUUCUCCAAUUUAUAACAUAUAUGCAAACGCCUCAACACAAAGAUAUCCUUAAACAACAGAUUGAGGACGAAAAGAAACGAAACGUUGAUUUGAUCUCUCAAUUGAAUUGUUUGGAAAGACAUAUAAAAGGAUUGCUCGAAAAGGGCGUGAGUUUAUUGAAAUCACGACUAUUCGAGUUGGGUAUCAAAGCGUCGACUUCUAAUGAAUUGCUCGAAAGGGGCCGAGAAAUGGUGGCUCACAAUCGGCAGCUCCAAAACAAAGAGGCCUCUCUCCAGAAGAUUGUCAGUAGUCUUGAGGCCAAAAAUAAUCAACUCAUGAAUAAAAGCCUUCCGAAAGAUACAGUGAAUUGUAAUAAUCAUUCGUUGAAUGGUUUCCGAAAAAACAAAAGCACUAUAUUAUCGGAAUUGACUGCAAUGUUGGAACAGAAGAGACAAUUAUCUUCUAAAGUGAGUCAAUUAGAAGAAGAGGUUUCGUUUCUGGAGAAGUCACAGACAGUAAUGACGACGAGUAAGUCUCGGCCGAACCCGGACUAUGCACUCACUUGUGAACCGCAUUCAAGUGUUAUUGUAAAAAAUGACUCUAAAGUGAAAAACAUCUCUAAUUCGAUAAAACUAAACAAUUAUGAGGAGAGAAUCAAUUCGUUGAUAAUUCAGGCGCUGAACGACGAGAACAGCACUUUUCCAAAGAAUUCUCAUCGAAAAGGAGUUAAGAAUCUUAAGGAACAAAACGAUAUCAAAUUCAAUGCCAAAGAAAGCGAUAUUGUUUUGAAUGACAGCAAUAAAUGUGAUAAAGAAUCGCAUAAUUCUUAUUCUCGUGAAAGUAUUAACGUUACGAAGAACUGGAAUCCGAGUGAAAGUCUUAGUGCCUUAACUAAUGAAUCCAAUCCUUCUAAAAGUCAUUCUCCAAAGAAGUCGAGUGACAAGAAUCACGACAAAAGACCACUCCUUAUGACUUUAAAAAUUGACCGCAAAGACAACAGCGCUUCGGUUAAAGAAUACAAAUCUCUAAACGAACCGUAUUUGAAAUCUAAUGAUACCAUUAAUGUUAAACACAAGAGGAAAUCCAGUGAUGAAUCGACUCAUUCUAAUCGAAAAAAAUUUUCGAAAUCUCCGUCUUCGUCACCCAAAAACAGCGACAAUACUCGCCGACAAUCCGUUGUGAUAAAGUUAACCACCAUUUCUGAUGACAAACAAACUGCCGAUGAAGUGAUUAAGAUUGAGAACACGGUUACCGAACCUAAACGUCCUGAACAAAUGAAAAUGAAAGCAAUGAAUUGUAAGUACGAAUCGACACCAGUAUUGAACGGCAAACACAAGUGGAAGGAUAGUAUUGACAGUCGUUUCAACAAAUUGGUUGCUUUGGUUGAGCAUCAGAUCGAACCGCACAAACCUAACCACCCAUUGAUUGAAACGGAUAACACAUUAACAAUAAAUAUUAUGCUAUUGGUGUCCAAUAUUGUGCUGAUUAUCAUCUUCUGGAACAAUUACGGCUCAAGAAUACAGACACUGAUCGCCAGAAACGAAGAGAAACAACAAAUACUAGACCAAUUACGUCGGGAAGCGUUGGAACUGAAGCUUCCGAAAGAGCAUUCGCCACGAAUUUAG